CCUCCCCGCUCCGCUCCGCCCCGCCAGCGCCAUGAACGGGCAACUGAACGGCUUCCACGAGGUGCUCAUCGAGGAGGGCACGUUCCUCUUCACCUCCGAGUCCGUGGGCGAGGGGCACCCAGAUAAAAUCUGCGACCAGAUCAGUGACGCUGUCCUGGACGCCCACCUCAAGCAGGACCCCGAUGCCAAGGUGGCCUGUGAAACGGUGGCAAAGACGGGGAUGAUCCUGCUGGCCGGGGAAAUCACGUCCCGCGCGGCGGUGGACUACCAGAAGGUGGUUCGGGACACCAUCAAGCACGUCGGUUAUGAUGACUCCUCCAAAGGCUUUGACUACAAGACGUGCAACGUGCUGGUGGCGCUGGAGCAGCAGUCGCCCGACAUCGCUCAGGGCGUGCAUCUGGACCGCAGUGAGGAGGACAUCGGUGCUGGGGACCAGGGGCUGAUGUUCGGCUACGCCACGGAUGAGACGGAGGAGUGCAUGCCGCUCACCAUCGUCCUGGCGCACAAGCUCAACGCCAAGCUGGCCGAGCUGCGCCGCAACGGCACCCUGCCCUGGCUGCGCCCCGACUCCAAGACGCAGGUGACGGUGCAGUACAUGCAGGACCGCGGCGCUGUCAUCCCCAUCCGCGUGCACACCAUCGUCAUCUCGGUGCAGCACGACGAGGAGGUGUCCCUGGACGAGAUGCGGGAUGCGCUGAAGGAGAAGGUCAUCAAGGCCGUGGUGCCGGCCAAGUACCUGGACGAUGACACCAUCUACCACCUCCAGCCCAGCGGCCGCUUUGUCAUCGGCGGUCCCCAGGGUGACGCCGGCCUCACGGGCCGCAAGAUCAUCGUGGACACGUACGGGGGGUGGGGGGCACACGGCGGCGGCGCCUUCUCGGGGAAGGACUACACCAAAGUGGACCGCUCGGCAGCCUACGCCGCGCGCUGGGUGGCCAAGUCCCUGGUGAAGGCCGGGCUGUGCCGCAGGGUGCUGGUGCAGGUGUCGUACGCCAUCGGGGUGUCCCACCCCUUGUCCAUCUCCAUCUUCCACUACGGCACCUCCCAGAAGAGCGAGCGGGAGCUGCUGGAGAUCGUCAAGAAGAACUUCGACCUUCGCCCCGGGGUGAUCGUCAGGGACCUGGACCUGAAGAAGCCCCUCUAUCAGAGGACCGCAGCCUAUGGCCACUUCGGUAGGGACAGUUUCCCUUGGGAAGUGCCCAAAAAACUCAAGUACUGAGGAAAAUCCUGGCCCUUGUCAGGCUUUUCCCCCCACCCCGGCGGGCGUAGGCUACAGAGAAGCCCCUGGGCUCUGGGGGUAAGAGCUGGGCCCGUCCCCAGCCCCCCCCUCCAUGUCUCUCCCUCUUCCCUCUCGCCAUGGGUUCCAUGGGGACCACACGUGGCCUCGCCCCCCCCCCAACCCCUCCGGCUGCUCUUGAAACCUGGUGGCACAUCCGAGUUCAGAGAUGGCAAAAAGCCCCCCCCGAGGGGGGGUUAACACCGUGUUCCCCCCCCCCACCUCACGGUGCAGAUGGAGCUGGGGG